AUGUCGGGCAGUAAGGCGCUGGGCGGGGGGGCGAGGCGCAGGAGGACGCGGUGCCGCCGCUGCCAGGCGUGCACCCGUAGCGAGUGCGGCGAGUGUCACUUCUGCAAGGAUAUGAAGAAGUUCGGAGGGCCCGGGCGCAUGAAGCAGUCCUGCCUGCUCAGGCAGUGCACAGCGCCGGUGCUGCCGCACACGGCGGUGUGCCUGGCGUGCGGCGAGGCGGGAAAGGAGGACACUGUGGAAGGCGAGGAGGACAAGUUCAGCCUGAGCCUGAUGGAGUGCACCAUCUGCAACGAAAUCAUACACCCGCGCUGCCUCAAGAUGGGCAAAGCGGAGGGCAUCAUCAACGACGAGAUUCCCAACUGCUGGGAGUGUCCCAAGUGUCACAAGGAAGGAAAAACCAGCAAGGAGCAGGCAGACAUCUUGGCCAAGCGGCGUCUAGACAACGUGGAGCUGGGUUGCUGGAAGCUGACGGAUGAACCGCCUCCAAAGAAGGAGGCUGUAGCGCCCAGGCCAGACGGUGCCCAUAAGAGGAGGAAGGAGCAGCCACAGGACGGCGGCCCCAAAAAGAAGAUGAAGGCUGCACAUGAAAGACGCCUCAAAAAGAAGCCCAAACAAGAAGGAGCCGAGUCCAAUGGCCCCAUUCCCUCGGCGGGAGGGGCUCCUCAGGGCUCCGCGUCCUCGUCAACGCCGCCAGCCGAUGGUGGCGGAGCUUCUGGCGCCGACCAGCGUUCACGUCAUCGGGAAAAACUGGAACGCUUCAAGAGGAUGUGUCUCCUGGAACGCAGGCCUGACUCGUCUUCGUCCUCGUCAUCCAGCUCGGAGUCAGACUCUGAGUCCGACUCGGAUGACUCCCUUCGCAGGGGAGGGGCGUCCUCGCCCUCUUCGCCGCCGCCACCCCCUCCCAUCGCCCACGGCAAUGGAAGCCGCCCGGAGAGGUUCCGCAGCGAGCGGGACCGCCGCCUGGCGGAGUUGGGCUUCAGCGCAAGUGAAGAGUCGGAAGGUGAGGACGAGGAGCGGGAGGAGGAACGGGAUAAGGCCCGUCGGCGAGGGGACAGUGACGCUGGAGGAUCCCUGGUGCAGCGUGGGAGGAAAGCUGGCGCAUCGGACGCCGACCAGGACGAGCCGCCCCCUUCGGACAGACUGGGGAAAAUCUCCUCCCUCCCGCCGCCGUCGCCUCUCUCAUCCAAUCAGAUGGCUCCGUCCUCGCAGCGCAACAACGGGCAGGAGGCUCGCAACGGCCGCACGCGGGGUGAAAAGGAGAACGCCAGUGGUCCGCCGACCAAUCACAGACACGGCGGGGUGGGAGCGGGCGUGGCCAAAGGCAACAAAAGUCGUCCAAGGAACUGCUCCACCUCUAUCCCCACCCCCAACGGCGGGCGAGGCGGCGGCCCGCUAGUAUCGGUGACCGCGGCGUCACCGUGCUCGCAGUCGUCUCGCCUCGGCGCGGCAGGGCGCUCGCACGUAAUGAAGCGUAGCCCUCCAGCCGUGCCGUCGCCACCCCGUCCCGUCCAGAUGGAGCGCCACCUGGUGAGGCCGCCACCUGCCUGCCCCGAACCCAGCUGCCUUCCGCUGGACUCAGGCCGCGCUCACGUCAUGCCGCGCGAUGUGUGGCUGCGCGUCUUCACUUUCCUCAGCCAGCGAGAGUUGUGCCUGUGCAUGCGCGUGUGUCGCACCUGGAGCCGAUGGUGUUGCGACAAGCGUCUGUGGAGUCAGAUCGACCUGAGCCGCCAGCGCUCCAUCACGCCACCCAUGCUCAGCGGCAUCAUACGCAGGCAACCCGUCUCGCUGGACCUCGGAUACACCAACAUCUCCAAGAAACAGCUGCUUUGGCUCCUCAGCCGAUUGCCUGGCCUAGUGGAGUUGACGGUGGCCGGCGUUGCGUGGCCCGCUGUCUCCGCGUUGUGUCAGACAGUGUGUCCAUGUUUGCGUGUGUUGGAUUUGAGCGGCGUGGACGACUUGAAGGAUGCUCACUUGAGGGAGCUGCUGGCCCCGCCCCCUGACAGCAGGACCGCGCGCGAGGGAGUCGUCGGCGGUGGUGAGCUGCGGGCCGGCCGUUUCCACGGCGUGACCGAGCUGCGUCUCUCCGGGUUGGACCUGACGGACGCCGCGUCGCGUCUGCUGGUGCGCUUCGUGCCGCGCCUGGCCAAGCUGGAUCUCAGCUACUGCGCCAGCGUGUCGGAUCACAGCGUUGCCACACUGGCCGCACCUGCCUCGCCGCUCAGGCACACCCUCACACACCUCAACCUAGCAGGUUGCACCAAGGUGACAGAGCAGAGCGUGCCACUGUUGCGCCGUUGUCCGUCGCUGCAGACCGUGGACCUUCGCUCGUGCUCGCUCCUCUCCGCCGAAGCGGGACAACUUCUCAGCUUCCCCGCUCAGCCGUCCUCAUCGUCGUCUUCGUACUCGUCCGCUUCCUCUUCCUCCGCCGUUCUCGCUGCUACCACUUCCUGUCCCCCUGAUGACAGGACGCUGCUAAAGAGCAGCUAA